AUGUCAGUGGUCGAAAGAAAUGGGUUGGUUAUCCACUGGAUUACUAAGUCCAAAAAGGUAUUCGAAACAUCCUCAGAGGUGUUAGUGGUCAGUAGGAGCUAUAAAGCUGAGCCUACGUUCUAACCCCAACUGUAAGCUAAUAUCACAAUACAAUCGCAAUUCAUAUUCUGGUCAUAUUUUUUUGUGAGUUUUAUGUUGUUGGUCGAUUUCAGGUGGGCGUGGCAUGAUCUUGGGAAUAUGCCUAUCGAUGAAGCACAAAAGCAGUAUAUUGAUAAGCUACAAGAACUGAAUCCUGAAUGGAAACCAUCGAACGAGAAACAAAGAUCUGUAUAUGUCAGUCGAAUGAUCAAUUUGAACCCGAACUCAAAUGAAUCACCACUUGUAUCUGACACUGACCAUCCAAUUUUUAAUAUAAUUAAACAAAAUGAUAUAGAUUCUUUAAAUCGUUUAUUAUCAGCAAAUGGUAACGAGGUUCAUUCAACCGAUGAAAAUGGAAUGACUCCUCUUCAUUGGGCAUCGGAUCGAGGAUUCACUGAUCUAGUUUCUACUUUGGUCAAAUAUAAUGCAAAUAUAGAUGCCAAAGAUGCUGAAGGACAAACACCUCUUCAUUAUGCUUGUUCUUGUGGUCAUGAUGAUGUUAUACAAGUCUUAUUAAAAUCUAAUGCUGAUAUCUAUGCUACAGACAAUGAAGGAAGUUAUACCUAUGAUCUGUAUGAUGGUAACUUUCAUACAUUAUUUAGCGAGUACUUACAUGGAUCAACGUCCUGGUUUUAAGCUUGUGUGUGUAUGUCUUUGUUACCAUUUUGUUAAUUUCAUGAUCACUUGAUUUCAAUAAAUUUCAUAUUCUGAUCAUCCACUUCAUAUGCUCACCAAUAUUGUAUUACUUAUCAA